AUGCCACCUAAACAAGACAGUAAUAAUAAAGUGAAGAAGAGAGUAAGAAAGUCAAUUACAAUGGAGGUUAAAUCUAAGAUUUUAAAACUCAAAGAUCGCGGUUAUUCGACUUCAUCUAUUGGACGAGAACUUAAUUUAUCACGCACGACGGUACAAACAAUAUUGAAAGACAAAGAAAAACUCUUAACAGCUCUUCCUUCCGUCUCUUCAAACAGCACUAUUAUACGCAAAAGGAAUGCUUUAAUUUAUGAAAUGGAAAAACUGUUGUACAAUUGGAUUCAAGAUCAAACUCAGCGACGGGUUCCUCUAAGUUUGGCCAUUAUACAAAAUAAGGCGCUGAGUAUCAUCAACACACUGCAAAAUAAACGUGGCGAGAAUAAUAGUGACGAAAUAAAAUGUUUUUCUGCCAGUCGCGGAUGGUUCAUGCGCUUUAAAACGAGAUAUUCGUUACAUAACAUUCGAGUGCAAGGAGAAGCUGCUAGUGCCGAUCAUGUGGCUGCUCAGAGUUUUCCUGGAAUAUUAAAGGAAAUUAUCGAAAGUGGAGACUAUUCGCCUAAACAAAUUUUUAACGUGGACGAAACUGGUUUGUUUUGGAAAAGAAUGCCCUCUCGUACUUUUAUAUCACAGGAAGAAAAUUCUAUGCCUGGAUUUAAAGCGGCUAAAGAUCGUUUGACGUUGUUAUUGGGUUCGAAUGUUGAAGGUGAUCUUAAAUUGAAACCCCUUUUAGUUUAUAGGUCUGAAAAUCCUCGAGCUCUCAAAAAUUACGUCCAGAGUACUCUUCCAGUUAUAUGGAAGGCUAAUCCAAAGGCAUGGGUUACAUCAAUACUUUUUGAAGAAUGGUUUACUAAGCAUUUUAUACCUGAAGUGAAACAGUACUGUUCAAACAAUAAUUUGGCUUAUAAAGCUUUACUUAUUUUGGACAAUGCUCCCGGUCAUCCUGUGCGUAUUGCCGAUAUUGAUCCUCAAAUCAAAGUCGUGUUCCUGCCUCCCAACACCACUUCGUUGUUACAGCCGAUGGAUCAAGGAGUUAUCGCGUCUUUUAAGGCCUAUUAUCUCAGGAGAACUUUUUCACAGGCUGUAAAGGCUAAUGAAAAUGAUGGCAUGGAGCUGAGAGAUUUUUGGAAAAGUUAUAAUAUCCUGCAAUGCGUAAAAAAUAUUGCUACUUCAUGGGAUGAGCUUUUUUCUAAAACACUCCACAGUCCUCCAAGAGAAAAGAUCAACGCUGGUGUGUAUUAG